AUGUGUAUCGGCGGUACCUCUCUGGGCUGGGUACGAAGUCACCUCUCGGCGCCACUUUCCCCCGACGCCGCUCCCACCCAGCAGCAGCCAAGCUCGUUCCGAAAUUCUGCCUGCGCAUUGGUCUUUGCCAUCCACAUCACCACCGAGCUUUGGGCCUGUAGCCGUGGCUACACCUUUGCAACCGCAGCCAUGGCCAAGAAAGCCAAGGCUCGCUUGAUCCACGUCCGCCUCAUCUCAAUGGCCAUGACCGGCUUCUUCUACACCUUCAAGCGUCCUCGGACAGCCCCCAUGAUGGGCAUGAUGAAAUACGACCCCAUCGUCCGCAAAAAGGUCCUCUUCCUCGAAUCGAAAAAGAGAUCAAAGUGA